UUAAGGAAACCACUUUAAACGUCAAUGAAUCCAAAUCCCAAACAUCAGACAGGACAGGCCUAACAGCUGUCAUGAAAUUGUUCAUCUGAAGAAACAUUGCCCAGCUGUCUGCAAAUGUUCAUCAACCAAAUUUUCAGCAUCCAAGCCACCCAAAGGUUUGGUUCCAAGCAAUCGGACUACUACUAGGUGUAAGCAAUCACAUUAACAUUAUUCUGGAGGAUAUCAGAUCUUAGAGUACAAAGCUCAAGUCUCUAUCAUGUCAUUGUAUGCUGACAGUGAAGCCACAACACAUAUCUAUGAGACUCUGCUGAGUGGAGGUUUCUCAGCUGUUCCCAAGUUGAAUAGGUUGCCAGCUCCCAAUUAUCACAAUGGGAACUCACGGCCCCCAGCAUACAACGCCUAUCCUGCUACACAGGUGUAUACAGUCCCUCCUGAGGUGUUACAGUGGAAUCUUGCUGCUGUUGUGCCCCAAAAUCUAGAUAUAUCAAACCAUUUUUUCAGAACAUUUCGUAAAGGCAAGCCAAAAGCUCUGGGGAUUGUUCUGAUUGUUGCGGCCGUCUUGCAAAUUCCCCUGGGAAUUGCAUUUGUUUUUGUCAAGCAAUCUAUAACAUUAUUUUCUGGUUUACCAUUUUGGGGGGCAAUUUUUUACAUCAUUGCAGGAUCUCUGACAAUCGCAGCUCAGUCUAAACCCAGUAGGUGUCUGGUGAGAGGAUCUCUAUCAUUGAACAUCAUCAGCACAAUUAUCAGUGUUGUUUCAUUGAUUAUAAAUAGCGUUGAAAUGGCAAUCGAUGGGUUUUAUUAUUAUUAUGAUGAUGGUGUCGGCAAUACCACAGAAUACCAUAAAAAGCAAAUUAUUGGAUAUAUUCUUAGCACUCUUCUCCUAUUCAUAAGUCUUCUGCUGUUCUGUGUGACGCUUUCUGUCUCCAUCUUUGGAUGUCGUUCCCUAGCACACGCACAAUCUAAUGUAACCCAGGUGUUUGUGAUGCAAAAGGAUGUUUCCACAGUCCCUGGUCCAUUACCACCAUCACCGACAUCUUCCGUUGAAUAUGACAAUGUUAUGUAUUAAUUUUAUGUUAUGUUUGUAUACCAUAUUGUGAAAGUUCCCUUGUUACCUUCACACAAUAAAGGCAGUGUUUUUUUGGUUUGAGUAAAUAUUUAUGAGAAUGCACUCAGCCUGAUUCAUGUUUG